ACACAUGAACAUACUAAAACGAUCUGAUUAUGAACAUGAGAAAAUUACUACUUGCAGCAAGCAGAGAUGUCACAACUUGUUAUUACACUUUCCUUAUUCUUUCCCUUUUAGCCGUAAAUGUAGCAGGCCGAUACCUUCAUGACAACACUCGAGAAUUGGAUGUGGAUGGCAUCAGUGGCCAUACUCAACCAGAGCAAUCCUCCUUUCUACGUCUCAAAGGAAUGGAUUAUUCUGAGGAGUACUAUUGUAGUGAGCAAAUGUACGGAUUCCUCCCAUGUUCUAGUACUCUUGUUGGUCACUUCUUCCUUAUUGUGGUUUAUGAGUACCUAUUAUUUCAAGGAGAGUCCCUUGUCAUCUCUGGAGGUUCGCGGCUUUUUGAGAUUCUUGGUCCUGGUGUCUUUGGUGCAAGUGCUUUCCCUGUUCUUGACCCCCUUCCAGAGUCCUUGAUAGUUCUUGUAUCUGGACUUGUGGCCAGUAAAGAAGAAGCUCAAGAAUAUGUGAAAACUGGAGUUGGCUUGCUAACAGGAUCAACUAUAUUUCUCCUAACAUUGUUAUGGGGAACUUGUGUUAUUGUUGGCAGUCAAAAAUUUCAUUCCAAUCCCAUACAGAGUAGACAAUCAUCAUUACCAUGGAGUGGCUCUGGUGUAAUUACAGAUGUGGAGACUAGUGAAACAGCAAGAAUUAUGCUUGUUUCACUUGUACCAUUUAUAAUUAUCCUAAUCCCAAAGAUAUUUGAUGUGUCAAAUUCUUCUGGAGGUUAUAAGAUUUACAUUCUAAUCGCCCUCAUUUUCUCGGCUAUAAUCUUUCUUGCGCACGUGUACAAGAUGUCUGAUGAGCAAGUACAAGUGAGACGACUACGAUAUAUAGAAGUGGAGCAUGAGCUCUUAGUUUUUGACAUGCUUCAGCGCAUGCAGGAACACAUAUCAAAACCCCUCGUCACCGAAGGGGGUGCACCGAAUGAAGUUGCUAUAAGAAGGGUAUUUGAAAGCAUUGAUGAAGGUCAUGAUAACUCUAUAUCUUUAUCUGAACUAAGAAAUAAAUUUAUGGCUUUCAACCUUGCGGAUAUGAAAUUGGAUGAAGGUGAUGCAGCUGAGAAAAUAAUGAACCAUUUUGACAAGAACAAAAAUGGUGAGCUUGAUGUAGAAGAAUUUAUAGCUGGAAUUAAACAAUGGCACAAUUUGCCUAUAAAUCUCGCUCCUACUUCACGGAAGCACCCAAAUGAAGGCCGCCAAAUGAUGAUGAAUGAAGUGGACAAAUCUCUAUCAGCCAGGGCAAUAGCUACGAUGUUAUUAGUGCUCGGAAUAACUAUAUUAGUGCUUCUAGUUGAGCCUCUUAUACAGAGCGUGCAGAAAUUCUCGGCGUCUGCAGGGAUACCAUCUUUCUACGUUGCUUUUAUUCUAGUUCCUCUGGCUACAAAUGCUAGAACAACAAUUUCAGCCAUUAGAGCUGUAAGUCAGAAGAAACAAAUGCCUUUCAAGAAAAGCCACAACGAGCAAACUACAAUUUCUUUGACAUUUUCUGAGAUAUACCAUGGAGUGUUGAUGAACAAUAUUCUUGGAAUGUUAGUGCUCUCAUCGAUCAUAUAUUUCCGUGGGUUGACUUGGAAUUUCUCCUUCGAGGUGUUGAUUGUGCUUGUCGUGUGUGCGACAAUGGGUCUUCUUGCAAGUUUUCGAUCAAAGUUCCCAAUCUGGACAUCAUUUGUUGCAUACAUGCUCUAUAUUUUAUCUUUAACCUUGGUCUAUAUCCUUAAUGGCACUUUGCACUCUUCUUGAAAGCUUCUUGCCCUAGUGUCGUAUCUAUCUAUAUGUAUGUCUAUCUGUCUAUUGUGUCAUAUAUGUACCCUCUAUAUGUUAGAGACAUGCUAUCUUGUUUUAUCUUGUAUCAAAUUGCAAAAUGUAAUGUUUUAUACUAGGCGGAGUAUUAGAAAUCCAUCAACUCCAGAUUUCCAUGUCCAACCUUGUAAAAGAA